CAAACGCCAGAAGUGAGAAGUUGCUGCGCACACACAAGCAAGAAAGUAAGCUGUUAUACAAACGUUAAAAUAUUAGCGAUAUAUUGGGGAAAAAGCUAUCUUAGCGGUUCGGUUUCCCAGCUUGGUAACCACUGAAGUCCCCCCCAUCACCAUCCCAGCUACUGAGCAAAGAGAGGCCACAUUAAUCAUGGGGGAUGACAGUGAAUGGAUGAAGCUGCCAGCAGAUCAGAAGUGUGAACAUAAGGUUUGGAAAGCCAGACUCCAUGGCUAUGAAGAGGUGUUAAAACUAUUUCCCACAAUAUGUGAUGAGAAGAGUCCAGAGUGGGGCAAAUAUAUUGGGAUAAUAAAGAAAUUUGUCACAGAUUCAAACGUGGUGGCCCAGCUCAAAGGACUGGAGGCUGCUUUGGCAUAUAUUGAGAAUGCACAUGUUGCGUCAAGGACUGCUGGUGAGGUGGUGUCUGGGGUGGUCAGUAAAGUGUUUAACCAGCCCAAGGCCCGAGCCAAAGAACUUGGCAAGGAGAUUUGCCUGAUGUACAUUGAGAUUGAAAAGGCAGAGGCAGUUCAGGAAGAACUGCUAAAAGGUCUGGACAACAAGAACCCCAAAAUCACAGUGACCUGUGUGGAGACGAUAAGAAAAGCACUCAGUGAAUUUGGCCCAAAAGUAGUCACUCUGAAGCCAGUUGUGAAAGUUCUGCCCAAACUCUUUGAGUCUCGAGAGAAGGCUGUCAGGGAUGAAUCCAAACUCCUUGCCAUUGAAGUGUACAGAUGGAUCCGGGAAGCAGUGCGGCCAGGCCUUCAGAACAUCAACUCCAUUCUGUUGAAAGAGCUAGAGGAGGAGUGGGCGAAGCUGCCAGCGUCGGCGCCCAGACAGAGCCGCUUCCUGCGCUCACAGCAGGACCUGAAAGCCAAGCACGAGCAGCAGCAGCAGCAGCUGAAGGAGGCCGGAGGAGGAGGAGACGAGGCUGAUGGUGAAGAUGUUGAAGAUGACGCUCCUCCAGUAGACCCUUAUGAGCACCUUGAGGCCGUUGAGAUCCUCUCUAAACUCCCUAAAGACUUCUACGACAAAAUUGAGGCAAAGAAAUGGCAAGAGAGGAAGGAGGCCCUGGAUGCACUGGAGGCCUUGGUCAAAAAUCCCAGAAUUGAGAGUGGAGAUUUUGGUGAACUGCUUCGAGCCUUGAAUAAGGUUGUUGGGAAGGACAGCAAUGUCAUGCUGGUGACUCUCGCAGCCAAAUGUAUGGCUGGACUAGCCACAGGACUCAGGACAAAGUUUGGAACAUAUGCUGGUCAUGUGGUGCCAACUAUUUUAGAGAAGUUCAAGGAGAAGAAACCUCUGGUGGUUCAAGCAUUGCAGGAAGCAAUCGAUGCUGCUUUCCUCUCUACCACGCUUCAGAAUCUGAGUGAGAGUGUCCUAUCUGUGAUGGACAACAAGAACCCCUCCAUCAAGCAACAAACUUCUCUCUUCCUGUCCCGAUGUUUUCGCCGCUGCACUGCAGCUAAUCUGCCGAAAAGCCUGCUGAAACCAUUUUGUGUUGCACUCCUCAAGCAAGUGAAUGACAGUGCAGCUGAGGUUCGAGAUGCCGCUUUUGAGGCUCUUGGAACAGCCAUGAAGGUUUUGGGUGAGCGGGCCGUAAACCCCUUCCUCGCAGACCUAGACAAACUCAAAGUUGACAGGAUAAAGGAGUGUGCCGAUAAAGUGGAGCUAGCCGGAGGGAAGGCAGGUGCUGCUGCUGGGAAGGAGAAGCCCCCUCCAAAGGCCCCCACGGCCCCACCUAAGAAGGUUCCAGCAGCUGCGCCAGCAACCACCAAAAAGGCAAAGCCAACAGCAGCAGGAGGAGGAGCCAAGAAAAACGUGGCCAAAAAAGCAGAGGCCAAGGAGACAGUGGAGGCUGAGCUGUCUCCUGAGGUGUGUGAAGAGAGGGCUGCAGCUGUUCUUCCAGCCUCCUGUUUGCAGCUGCUAGACAGCGCCAACUGGAAGGAGAGAUUGGCCAGCAUGGAGGAAUUCCUUAAGGCUGUUGACUGCAUGGAACCGAGCGAGAUGCCCUGCCAAGCUCUCCUCCGCAUGUUAGCCAAGAAGCCCGGAUGGAAGGAGACCAACUUCCAGGUGAUGCAGCUGAAGGUGCGGGUGGUGGCCACGGUGGCACAGAGGGGCUCCUUCUCGAAAACCUCCGCUCUGGCCGUGCUGGAUGCCCUGGUCGAGAAGAUCGGGGAUGUGAAGAGCGGCGCGAAGGCCAAGGAGGCCCUGAGUGUCAUCGCAGAAGCCUGUUCACUGCCAUGGACUGCUGAGCAGGCUGUCUCAGUGGCCUUUGUCCAGAAGAACCCCAAAAUCCAAGCGGAGACCCUGAGCUGGCUGACUAAUGCCAUUAAGGAGUUUGGGUUUGCAGGCAUAAAUGUUAAGUCCUUCAUCAAUAAUGUCAAGACAGCCCUGGGAGCUAGCAAUCCUGCUGUUAGGACAGCGGCCAUUUCUCUGCUGGGUGUGAUGUUCCUCUAUAUGGGAGCUGCUCUGCGGAUGUUCUUUGAAGACGAGAAGGCAGCCCUGCUCACGCAGAUCGACUCAGAAUUUGAAAAGAUGAAGGGCCAGUCCGCCCCUGCCCCCAUUAGAGGCUGCUCUCAGAAAGCAGCAGGUGAUCUGGCGGCAGACGAGGCAGACGGGCCGAAUGAACAGGAGGGAGGUGCAGGUGAUGUUGUGGACCUCUUCCCAAGGGCUGAUAUUAGCGAUAAGAUCACUUCAGAUAUGGUGUCAAAGAUUGGUGACAAAAACUGGAAGAUCCGCAAGGAGGGACUUGAUGAAGCUGCGGCAGUCAUCUCUGAGGCCAAGUUCAUCAAGCCGAACCUCGGCGACCUACCGCUGGCCCUCAAAGGCAGACUCUCUGACUCGAACAAGAUACUGGUCAUGCAGAGUCUGGCACUCCUGCAGCAGAUAGCCACAGGCAUGGGUCCUGCCCUGAAGCAGCACGUUAAGGGCCUGGGCUUCCCCAUCAUUACUGUGCUAGCAGACAGCAAGAGUGCAGUGCGUGCCUCCGCUCUGACCACCCUGAACGCUUGGGUAGAGCAGACGGGUGUGAAGGAGUGGCUGGAGGGCGAGGAGCUUGCUGACGAGCUGAAGAAGGAGAACCCCCUCCUCCGACAAGAGCUGCUGGGCUGGCUGGCGGAGAAGCUGCCCACCCUGCGCUCCGUGCCCUCGGACCUGGCCUUGUGCGUGCUGCCCCUUUACGCCUGCCUGGAGGACCGCAACGCGGACGUCCGCAAGAAGGCCCAGGAGGCCCUGCCCACCUUCAUGAUGCACCUGGGCUUCGACAAGAUGAACAAAGCCACAGGCAAACUCAAGACAGCCUCCAAAGACCCGGUGUCGGCAAUGCUUGAGAAGGCCAGAACUCUCAUGCCUGCUAAGCCUGCAGCUCCGGCUAAAUCGGCUCCAGCUAAAUCUGCUGUUGCAACCAAACCUGCUUCAGAGCCAGGUUCAACUAAGCCACAGCCAACUCAAGUGGAGCAUGAGGCCCCUGAGGCUAAGAAAGUCAAGUCAGGAUCUGGAGACAAAACAAAGAGACAAUCACAGGAGAUGAACAAGAGCGCGAGCAGCAUGGACGGUAGUUUCAAUGACUCUAAAAACAGCUCCAGUGGAAAGGGUGUCAAGCGGAAGAAUGCAGCUGGUAAGAAACCCGCAGGUAAGGCAGCUGCGGAGGAAGACAAAUCGGGCCCCCUGUUCAUCCUGGUGUCCAACGGCAAAGAGCAAAGGAUUAAGGAUGAGAAGAGUCUCAAGGUGCUGAAAUGGAACUUCCAAACUCCGCGGGAGGAGUAUAUCGAGCAGCUGAAGGCUCAAAUGACCCCCUGUGUAGCCAAGUGGUUGCUGGAGGAGCUCUUUCAUUCAGACUUCCACCAGCACAUCAAAGCUGUCGGAGCCAUGAUCGAGAACCUGCAGGAGGAAAAGGAGGUGACCAAAGGCUGUCUGGAUCUAAUCCUCAAGUGGUUCACACUGCGCUUCUUUGACACCAACACCAGUGUGCUAAUGAAGGCCCUGGAGUACCUCAAGCUUCUUUUCAUGGCCCUCAGCAAGGAAGACUACCACCUCAGUGACCACGAGGCCAUGUCGUUUGUCCCCUACCUCGUGCUAAAGAUGGGCGAGUCUAAAGACGUGGUGCGCAAGGAUGUGCGAGCCAUCCUGGAAAUGCUGUGCAAGGUUUACCCUGCCAGCAAGCUCUUCCCCUUCCUCAUGGAUGGUACCAAAUCCAAGAACUCGAAGCAGAGGACAGAGUGUCUGGAGGAGCUGGGCUCCCUUAUCUCCUCGUUCGGCAUGUCGGUCUCCCAGCAGCAUGGCAACAAAUCGCUGAAAGAAAUCGCUGUGCACAUCGGAGACCGUGACACAUCUGUCCGUAACGCCGCCCUCAACACGGUGGUGAUCGCCUACAAUACCUGUGGAGAACAGGUUUACAAACUGAUCGGCAAUCUGAAUGAGAAGGACCUGAGCAUGCUGGAGGAGAGGAUCAAGCGCUCUGCCAAGGCCCCUGCAGCCGCCAAGCCAGUGGUGGAGAAGGUCAGGAGGAACAGCAUUCGCAAGCCAGUCCAUGAAGAGGCCCCCAAAGUCAGUGUGCCAGAGCCACAGGCUCUCGCCUCAGUGCCAGAGGAGUUCAAGCUGGACCUGUCCCUGUUUGAGGACGACAUGGGGGACGUGGUGCCGCCUGACCUUGUCCAGCACAAUCUUGAUGUUCUCCUGGAACAUACGCAGGUCCCAGAGCCCAAGCUGCGUCCGCUCCCCACCCACUAUGAGGACCAACAGGGCAGCACAGACUCCACCAUAAACUUCGUCAUCGCUCAAAUGGCCAGCAUGGACAUGAACACAAGCAUCCAAGCCCUGUCACAGCUGGAUGAGGUCCUGCGGCGGGAGGGCAAGGCGGAGGUGAUGGCCGGUCACGUGGACCAGUUCCUCAGCGUGGUUCUCAUGCAGCUGCGCUGGCUCUCCAGCCACAUGGGGGACGAACAGCUGCCCCGUCACGACGUCUUCAGGCUCUAUAGCUGCCUCCUCGGCACCAUGCUCUCGUUGAUGGCAGUGGACCCAGUGCGUGAGGCCUCAGCGGCUAUGCUGAAGGACCUGACCCAUGCUCUGAUCUUGCUCAUGCUGGAUCCCCGGCUGGAGAAAGGGGAGGACGGCCCCCAGGUCAUCCGCACGGUGCAUGUACUCCUUGCCCAGCUGCUGCAGAAGGCAGACCAGACCAACAUCCUCAGUGCAAUGAUAAUAGAAUUGAAGGAAGUCCUUGCAACCCCUGUAUCUUCAGCGUUUGCGGACAUGGUCAUGAAGUGUCACUGGCGACUUAUUAAGUUCCUUCCUGAGAAGAUCGACCAACUCAAUCUAGAUCGUGUACUCUUGGACAUCCACAAUGUCAUGAAGUCCUUUCCCAGAAGCAAGCACAGUCACCUGAAGAGUGACAUGCCACAAAGAACCAUUAAAACCCUGCUUCACUCCCUCUGUAGACUGGUGGGACCCAGGAUUUUGAACCAUUUGACUUUGAUUGAGGACAAAAAAGCAUCUGAAUUGGAGAACCAUCUGAAGAAGGUGACCAACGACAAAGAUGGCGCUCAUUCGAAGAAAUCCAGGACAAACGAGACUCUUGAUGAGAUUUUCAAGAAGAUCGUUUCCACUGAGAAUUCAAAAGAGGGCCUAACUAAGCUGCUGCACUUUAAGAAGAAGAACCCGCACACAGACCUGAGUGCCUACCUGAAGAAACUGCCCACAAACCUCCAAGGGCUAGUAGAGAAUGGACUGAAGGCAGUGAAUGAGGAGAAGGAGACUAGGGCUCGGAGUCAGUGCCCCACCUCAGAUCCUUUAAAGUCCACCACCGUUGGCUGUCCCCAGCUUUCACAAGCGGUCUCAAAUCCCAGCUCCAGCGCAGCACUGCAAACCCCUGCUUACUUCCAGGAAAGACUCCAAAUACUAAAGCAGCGCUGGGGCCAGGAGAAUACCACCCAAGGAGAUCAGCUGCCUGAAGAGGAGAGGCCCGCGCCGACUGCGCUUCCCUCCAAGCCGGUGGUUGGCUCGUCCAUGGAGCUGAUCCAGAGCAAACUAUCCCAGCUGCAGGAGGCCCGGGAGCUGAUCCGGCGAGAGGCUGCACCCCAGACUUCUAGCGCACCCCAGACUUCCAGCGCACCUGCCGGUCCCAGAGGGCCCCCGCCAAACCUCAGCGAGCUCAUGAUGAGACUGGAAAGAAUAAAGGCCAAUAAAACAUGAAAAUGUUUCUUGUAUUUUUCCCCCCUUCUCUCUUUUGAUAUGUAUGUAUGUGUAUGUAUGUAUGUAUGUAUGUAUGUAUGUAUGUGUCUGAUCUGUGCUUGUCUCUUUUUGUUCGUUUAUCCUCGAUUUGAUCUCUGCAGCCUGUGACUUUUGAAUGUUUUAGAAUGAUUUUGUUGUAUCGUUGCAAUUGUACAGUUUUGAAAUAAAACUGAUUUUAAACACUUUA